GAACCAUUCAACUCCUCAAACAACAAUUCUGUUUACAUAUAGAACGAUGGCAGGAAUACAACGAGCUCUUGAUGCAGGCGCAGUACCUGCCCAUGUCUCCAAUGUCUGUCCUCCAGGGACACAAGCGUAUUUGCUCGAACUCGGAUGGUUAGAAUGUGACGAAGGAUUUGUAACAAGAGGCGGUAACACAUCAUUGAAGUCUACAGAAGGAGAGAAGUUCGUGAACAAACGAAGAGAACUACCAUUAUAUGCCAUAUUAAUCGACCACCCUUUCGAAGGUGUAAUACUUUGGGAAACAGGAUGUGGGGUGGAUUAUCCUGAAGUUUGGGGUCCACAAGUAGUCGAUAUUUUUGCACGAAUUAAAUAUGAACCAAGACAUGAAUUGAAAGCAGCAAUUGAAGCCACAGGACACAAAUUGGAAGAUGUCAAAAAAAUAAUUCUCGGCCACUUGCAUUUAGAUCACGCAGGUGGAUUGGAUCAAUUCUUAGAGAGAAAAGAUGUUGAGAUUUGGGUUCACGAUAAAGAAUUGCGUUCGGCAUUUUGGUCUGUUGCGACUGGUGCUGAUGUUGGGGUCUACUUAAAACAUUAUUUGGAUUUAUCGUUGAAUUGGAAGACAUUCGAUGAGAGAACCGUCGACUUUUGUCAAGGAAUUACUCUUCAUCAUCUUCCUGGUCAUACAGAUGGUCUUGUGGGAAUGCAAUUAAACCUCCGGGAGACCGGAACAUUCUUCUUUAUCAGUGACCACUGUCACGUCAUCGAAAAUUGGCGAGAUGGAGUACCUCAAGGAUGGCUAGCACGUGAUCACCCAGCUUGGUUCCAAAGUACCCAGCGAUUGAAACGUUUGGAAUCUACAACCAGAGGUCGAGUGAUACCAGGGCAUGACAAGGAAACAUUCCUACAACUUCAAGGUGAGAUAAAUGAUGGAAAAGGCUAUUUAGAAUAGUGAAUUACAAUUUGUAUAACCAUUUGGUGAAGUUACAUAAGGAAUAUAUGUAUAUAUAAUCUCAGAAACCCUUUGUUUUAUCCUCCCCAAGCAAGCUUGUGGGAUUCUUACUUCCAAAGAGAUCAACAGUCCGAACUGCAGGCCAAAAACUAAAGACUUUGGGUAAAUUAAAAUAUUUCCUAGUAAGCCA